CAGUCAACAGCAAGCAAGGCAAACGGAAUGACGCAGGAAAACUCGCACUCCUCCAGCUAUCAGCUGUGGGGCGGUCGCUUCACAGAGCAACCACAUCAGGUGCUGCAAGAGCUGAACAACAGUUUGUCUCUCGAUUGGCGUCUCUAUGCGGAUGAUUUGGAUGCGAGCAAAGCCUACGCGGAGGCACUGAUGCGUGCUGGUCACCUGAAUGCCGCCGAGUGCGAUAAGCUGGUGAAGAAUCUGGAGCUGAUACGCUACGAUUGGAUUGAGCAACUCGUCAAGUUUCAGGCCAGCGAUGAGGAUGUCCAUACGGUCAACGAGCGCCUCCUAGUGGAGCUAACCGGUGAGCUGGGCCAACGUUUGCACACGGGACGCAGUCGCAACGAUCAGGUGGUCACCGACCUGAAGCUCUGGCUGCGCAAGGCGAUACGUGAAACUCUGGGCCGCCUGAGCCUGCUCAUCAGUUCGAUGGUGGAGCAGUCGCAGUCGCAUCUGGGCGUGCUCAUGCCGGGCUAUACGCACCUGCAGCGGGCUCAGCCCAUUCAGUUCUCCCACUGGCUCCUCUCGCAUGCCUUUGCCCUGCGCGAGGAUUGCCUGCGGCUGCUCGAGUUACGCGAUCGCUGCAAUGUGUUACCUCUGGGCAGCGGAGCUUUAGCCGGGAAUCCACUGGGCAUUGAUCGCCUGUGGCUGGCAGAGCGUCUGGGCUUCGCUGGAGUUACGGGCAACAGCAUGCACGCUGUAGGCGAUCGUGAUUUUGUAGUGGACUUUAUCUACUGCUGUUCGCUGGUGAGCAUGCACAUGUCUCGUCUGGCCGAGGAUCUCAUUGUCUACAGCACCAAAGAAUUUGAUUUUAUCAAAAUCGCCGACAUAUUUGCGAGCGGCAGCAGUUUAAUGCCACAGAAACGUAAUCCGGAUAGUCUGGAGCUGAUUCGAGGUAUAUCGGGGCUUAUAACAUCGAAUCUGGCGGGCAUUAUGAUGACCAUGAAGGGCACUCCAUCCACCUACAACAAGGACUUCCAGUUCGAUAAGCAAUACUGCUUCCAGGCCUACGAUAAGCUGGCCCAGAGUCUGGACGUUGCCAUCGGCGUAAUUGAAACCAUGCAGGUGCAGCGUCAUCAAUUGGAGGCGGCUCUCAGUUCCGAUAUGUUGGCUACCGAUUGGGCCUACUACCUGGUGCGUAAGGGAGUGCCCUUUCGGCAGGCCCAUCAUCACAUUGGACGCGUGGUGACACUGGCGGAGCAGCGGGGCGUGGAUAUAACGGAGGUUCCAUUGGGCGAGCUACAGCAGAUUUGUGCCGCAUUUGGAGCGGAUAUUGCCAGCGUGGCGGACUACGGUUACAAUGUGCAGCAAUAUGAUGCGAUUGGUGGCACCGCCACGGCCAGCAUUGUGGAGCAACUGCGUCUACUCAAGAAUUUGGUCAAGCAAUUGGGUGAGCAGUCCUAA